AUGUUCCUGGUCGGCCUCUCGGGGGGAAUCGCGUCGGGGAAGAGCACGGUGGUGGCUGAGCUGCGGGAGCUGGGCUGUGCUGUGAUUGAUGCCGAUGUUAUCGCCAGACAGGUGGUGCAGCCCCACCUCAAGGCCCAUCAGCAGAUAGUGCAUCACUUUGGCACCGAGAUCCUCCUGGAGAAUGGAGAGAUAAAUCGUGAGGCUCUGGGAAACAUUAUCUUCUCCCAGCCGGAGAAGCGGCAGCUGCUGAACUCCAUCACCCACCCGGAGAUCCAGAAGGAGAUGCUGAAGCAGAUCUUGAAGUACUUUGUGUUAGGCUACCGCUACGUGAUCCUCGACAUCCCUCUGCUCUUUGAGACCAACAGACUGACCAAGUUUAUGAAAUACACAGUCCUGGUUUAUUGCAGCCCCCGGGCGCAGCUCUCCCGGCUGAUGCAGAGGAAUGGGCUGUCCCAGGAGGAGGCAGAAGCUCGCAUCCGCUCCCAGCUCCCGCUGGAUGAGAAGCGCAGGUUUGCAACUCACAUCAUCGACAACUCUGGGGAGCGGGAGAGCACCCGCCGCCAGGUCCUGAGGCUCCAUACCCAGCUCGAGGAUUCCCUGGAUUUCCUCUGGGCACGGCUGGCAGCGGGCACGGUUGUGGCCGGGCUCGGAGGGCUCCUGUACCUCCUCCUCCGGCAUUUCAGCUCUUAA